AUGUUCAAUACUAAUAAGGCAACAUACCUGAGUGAUAUCAGGCAAAAUCCCUUCCUUGAGGAUCCUGAUAUUUACUACGUGGUCUCGUCUAACUGCUUGAUCUAAAAAAUAAAGAUAGAGGUCGUGAAUAAUGAGUUGAAACUUACAGAUAAAGAGAGAGUCUACAAGUUUGACACAAGAAUUGAGGAGUAUAAGUUCUUGAAUCUAAAUACUUUCCUGGUAAUGGGAGUAUCAUGCUGUGUACUGAGUGUGAAUGACAAUCAGCAGAGAUGGAGGAUUAACUUGAACUAUGACUAGAGCUUUCUUCAGCAGAUACCUGAUUUUGACAUGCUUGAACGCUAGGCUGUGGUAGGAAUGAAAAAUGACCACACUCUGACUAUUUGUGACCUGACAAGAACUAAUGGAUUUAAAGGUGAAUAUAUAGCACCUACUAAGUAUAUAAUACUAGGUCUUAUAAGAGAUGAAUUUGAUGACCCUGCCUAUUUAAAGGUACUAGUGGGCGAUAGGAAAAAAGGAAAUCUCAAAGUAAUGAUGAUCAAAGUUAGUUGA